GCCUUAUUUUUUUUCAUGGAUAUUCUUCUUCGAGUAUUUGUAGAAGGGGCACUGCUGUAUUUUUCUGAUACAGUGAAUUCUAUAGAUGCUGUGAUUAUUGUGGUGACUCUAAUAAUUGAUUUCAUUUAUAUUUCUGAUAACUUUGAGGUCUUUGAAGAUAUCCCAAGAUUGGUCAUGUUCCUUCGCUCUCUGCGACUUAUCAUUCUGAUGAGAAUUUUCCACCUGGUGCACCAGAAAAGGCAUCUCGAAAAGCUGACCAGAAGGAUGGUUUCAGGAAACAAGCGACGAUACAAGAAAGAUGGAUUUGACUUAGACCUCACUUAUGUUACUGGGCGUAUUAUUGCUAUGUCAUUCCCAUCUUCUGGACGGCAGUCUUUCUACAGAAACCCCAUUCAGGAAGUCGUGCGGUUCCUGGACACCAAGCAUCGAAAACACUAUCAAGUCUACAAUCUUUGCAGUGAAAAAGCUUAUGACCCUAAGUACUUCCAUUAUAGGGUCCACCGCAUCAUGAUUGAUGACCACAACGUGCCCUCUCUGAGGGAGAUGGUGGAAUUUUCCAAAGAAGUACGGAAGUGGAUGGCUCAGGAUGCUAAAAACAUCGUAGCGAUUCACUGUAUGGGAGGCAAAGGAAGAACUGGAACGAUGGCUUGUGUCUGCCUUAUCGUCUGUGGAGUAUUUACAACGGCAGAGGAAAGUCUUCGUUAUUUUGGAGAACGACGGACAGACAAAACCACCAGCAGCAAAUUUCAGGGAGUAGAAACGCCUUCUCAGAGUCGAUACGUUGGGUAUUUUGCAGAUGUGAAAAACAUCUAUAACUUGAGUCUCCCUCCAAGAAAACGACUUACGAUAAAAAAAAUUGUCCUUUAUUCAAUUCAUGGUGUUGGAGAAGGCAACGGAAAUGAUCUAAACGUACAAAUAAUAAUGCACCAAAAGAUUGUCUUUUUCUGUUUUGCUUCUGAAAACUGUAGGAUAGUUCAUGAUGUUGAAAGAGACAGAGUGACAAUUAACCUCUGCGGCUGCCCACCUCUGUGUGACGACGUGAAAGUGCGGUUCCUGUCUCCGGCUCUUCCUAAACACUAUGACAACUGCCCAAUUUUCUUUUGGUUCCACACGUCUUUUAUACAAAACAACAGGCUUUAUCUUUCAAGAAAUAAAUUGGAUAAUCCCCAUAAACCCAAUACAUGGAAAAUUUAUCGUCCAGAGUUUGCAGUCGAAAUAUAUUUUGAUGACAUGGAUCAAGUCAUAGCUGGUAUCUGAUUAAGUGUACUUCCCCUUCCUGGAUAGAAACGUAUUCUUCCCAGCCCCUGCUACAUGUUUAUAUCUUCAAAACCUAUUUCCUCCCUGGUGUGCUAAUAUUUA